CUUUGUUACUUGAAUUGUGUUAAUAAAUGUUAGGUCUUGCUUUACGCAUUCUUACGACGCGGAUCGAGAAACAUGAAAAGACUCUAUAAUUCGUUGGACAACAGUCACAUUCUUUCGUCGUGUGUUUUAUUCGAGCUGGAGUUUCUGUUCCGCAUUCUGAUGGGACCUAGUGCCGCUUUCCGUGUUCUGCCAGAGACACCCAUGGGCCAUGACAAUAAGUUUUUCAUCAGUUACUUGAAGAUCCAUCAAUUCUCUCACAAUCACGGAAAGCUCAAGUGCCCUAGGUACUACCUCCAUUCCUUGGGAAGCUGCUUUUGCUAUAACCAUAUUUUAUAUUUAUUCUUCAGUUUUCGACUACGGAUUGCGAAGACAUCCUCCGGCAACAGGCUGCUUCACGCGAUGUGUACUUCGUUGGCGAGUCAUUUACUCAUUAGAGACACAGUUAUCGUCUCCAGGAAGAGGCUCAUCAUCAGAAUCGGAUUCCAAGUCAGAGAGAGACAUAUUAAGCUCCUCCCCAUUUCAUCCGUGGGUGUAGCGGAUCCAUGACUUGCAUCGUCUGUAGCGCCUUUCCCCCUACAGCGAGUGUUGAGAGAUGGUACCCCUGAAUUUCAUUAAGCGAGGGUUGCUCAGGGGUUGCCUGUGGCUAGCGCUAGCGCGUGAGUGCCCUGAGCUUUAAAAACUUCUCAACCUCGGCAGUGGACGCGUCUCACAACAUCAUGCAGCACAACAUUCCAGCAUUCGAUAGUGCUAUAUGUAUUCAAUCGACUCGCCAAUG